AGAAGACGCAGUAGUAGAAGAAGAAGAAGAACCCCUUCUCAAACAAACUAAACUUUUUGGAUGUGUUUAAAUCAAACUGUUAGAAAUUCCUGAGCAUGUUCAGUCUGGAGAGGUUUGAGACGCACGUCCACGCUCUCAUGGAGGCUCUGGUGGAGGCGGCGGUGACGGAGGUCCGCAGGCUCCUCCUGACCGACUGCUGGAGGACCGGGGUGUCCGCUCAGGAGCUCCCAGCCGGCGGGGAGAACGGAGAGGACGGGGGGCAAGCUGUCGGUCGCAUAACGGAUCAGUUCGUGUCGCUCAUGAAAGUUUGCAUCAGCGACGUCCUGCAGAAAACCACCUCCAUGGUGAAAGCGUCCAUGUGUCCGGAGGACGGGAAAACCUCCCGGCACGCAACAAAACCGGCAGCCAGGAAACGCAGCGUAAGGAAGGGACUCCAGCCUGCGGUGACCAACCACAUCGACCAUUUAUACUGCAGAGAAGAGCCGCAGAGCGAGGAGCCAGGAGAAGCGGCGGCUGCGUCUGAAUCAGAGACAGAACCUGUCAUGGUCUGCUCGCCACCUGAAGCGUCAUGUGAGGAAGUAAAAUCUGAACCUUCACCUACUCCUGAUGCCGUUCCGCUCAACCCGACUCCUGGGUUGGCUUCCGGCGUCGCAGAGGUAAACAGCGUCCAGGCGGAUCCCAAACCCUCGGAAACCUCCAUAAAAAAAGCAAAAUCGUUUCAGUGCCCUUCGUGCGAGAAAACCUUUGCGAAGAAGUGCUUAAUGGAGAGGCACAACCUGAACCACACCAAACCUCACAGUUGUUCUCACUGCGGGAAGCGUUUCGCAACCCUCCGCGCUCUCAUCCCCCACACAAGGAAACACACGGGGGAAAAGCUCUACGGCUGUGCGGACUGCGGGAUCCACUUUGCCUACAAGUAUACCUUUGACAGACACAUGCGGAGCCACACCCAGACGAAGCUGAAAACAUUCACGCACACGUGCCCGCUGUGCGAGGCCCAGUUCACAACUAUGUUUCUGUUCCAGCGACACAAGUGCGCCGCUCUGCAGAGGAUGUUUGUCUGCCCCGUCUGCCCAGAGACGUUUCAGUGCCGACGCAGUUUGGCCGAUCAUGAGUUACUCCACUCUGGGAACAGGGACUUUGUUUGUGAAAUGUGCGGCGAGAGGUUCAUCUCGUUCUCGUCUCUGGCCACCCACAGAGUCAUCCACUUUCAGGGGGAAAACUGCUGCGACGAGUCGGCCCGUUGCAACGCCAACGCCCCGAACAACCACGGCAGAAAGAAACUCCUCAGCUGCGACGUCUGCGGGAAGGCGCUGAGCCACCAGAGCGCGCUGAAGCACCACAUGCUCAAGCACACGGGCGAGAAAGACCACGUCUGCGAGACCUGCGGCAAACGCUGCGGGCACGCCAGCGCGCUGCAGAACCACAUGAGGGUCCACACGGGGAAGAAGCCCAGAGAGACGCCGGUCUGCGGCACGUGCGGCAAAACCUUCGCCUCGGCGUGCAAACUCAAACUCCACAUGAACAUCCACGCCGGGAAGAAACCGUACACCUGCAGCGACUGCGGGAAGGCGUUCAACAGCCCCAGCAACCUCAAGAAUCACACCCUGAUUCACUGCAGCACGAAGACGUUUGGGUGCGACGUCUGCGGCAGGAAGUUCGCUCAGCUCGCCGGCCUCAAGCAGCACAGACAACUCCACGUGGGGAAGACGUUUGGAUGCAAAGUCUGCGGGAAAGGAUUCGUCCUGAAAAGCCAGCUGAGGAAACACGAGAGGGGCCACCUGCCAGAGGAGGCAAGACACGAUGAGCCGACUGAGAAAACCGUUAAAACUACAACUGAUUCAUGAAAAGACCUACAACCUUUACAUAUCUGUGGUGAUUACACCUAAAAAAGGUUAAAGAUGUUUCUCGUUAGAUGUUUUAUUCACUUACUUGUUGGUAAGUGAAUAAAUCCCUGCAGUGCGGGAGAGCUAACCAGCUAAUCAGUCCUCUGCGCUAUUACUAGCCGUACUUCAUCAUUAAUAAUUUUAACAGCAAAAGCUUUAUACACCAAAUGUUUUUCUACACAGAGUUUAGAAAAAUCGGGGUUUAGAAUUUUGUUUUUGGUUUAAAGUUUGGUUCAGUGAGGGGGGAAAAAAAUCAAAUGCUUGGUUUGUUUUUACUAAAUUCAACACGAUUUUAAACCAAAAUAGGUUUUGAAAUAUUCACUCAGUUUGAACAUAACCUAAAAGUGACGGUCCCAAGGUCAAAUAGGAAGGUGAAGGUCAAAAUAAUUUUUUUUCUUUUUAACAGCUUUGCUUGUUUGCCUCCUGUGGUUACUUUUCACCAAAUGCAGAGGAGAAAAUGUGGGUACCUAAGCCAUUACAGGAGGCAGAAAAUUGAAGCUAAUUAACACCUUACUGUAUCUGAUGUUUCUUAAGAAAAGCAAUUAAAAAAGAAAUCUAAUAGGGAAACUUAAAGGCUCCAGAAUAAUGAGGUUUUGGCAGGGAGCCUCAGUCACAAACAAACAAGUUUUUACACUUAAGAUUAAGGAACACUAAUUAAAGUAAGUUUUUUUAGCAGAAGACAAUAACUGACAUCUGUUAGCUUUAGCCAGGAUCUGGUGGCCUUUGGAACACCUUAAAAACAGAAACUGUCCAUUUAAUAAAAUGUCUUAAUGUGUUCAUUAAAAACAGAUUUCCUCCUACGUUUGGAAAGA